AAUCUGGUAGAAAAAUCUGAAACGAAACGCGUUUGAGGCUUCAGACGGCGAGUGGCAGUCGUACAACAAAGACGUAGUAAUAUUAUCGUUAUCCACCUGAAAAGUAUCUGAAAAGUUGAUCAGACAACUUUUUCAAAAAAUCAACUACAACAACAAGCAAAAAAAAAGAAAUACACCCGCAAAACAGACAACGUAAAUUGAACUCCUUUUACUUUUUCGUAUCUGUACAAAAUAAAUUUCAAUUGCUAAAAGACACAUAGAUGACCGAGAAGGAUAACGUAUCCAUGGCUACCGUGCAAUUGAAGCCCGACUAUGCGGCUAGCGAGGUCUAUAGCACCGCCAGCGAACCGCCACCGCUGGGAUUUUUUAACUUUAAUCAUCAGGCUUACAAGCGCCAGGCGAAUUCGGUAAAAAUCGCUAAAAUCACCGCAUUCACCAUCAUUGUGUCCGCUUUUAUUCUGGGCUCGUUUAUCUUGGCCUCGUCGUAUCUGCAGGCCAAGGCCUCCUGUGAUCAGGUGCAGGCCCUCGAUUCGGUGCUGGAGAAGGAACUGAUGCUGGAAACAUUGCAGCAGGUGAACAAGGAACUACCGCGUGCUGAAGCUUUGCUGGCCAAAUCCGAUGGCGGUGAGGACUUGCAGAAUCUGGAUCAUGAUGAUACCGAUAAGAAGCACGAUCCAAAGGCCGAAGACAUUGAGCAGAGCGUGAAUGAGCAUGACAAUUCCUACUCGGAGAGCGAUGAGACCGAGGAGAUGCAAAAGUUCCCAGGCAAGAUGCCGCUCGAGCUGGACUUGAGCGAUCUGGCCGCCGCCAUUUUGCGCAAUAACAAGAAAUCCCGCAUGAACUGCGUGGUGGAGCGCAAGCAUGCCGAGGAGUUUGUCGAUUCCCCCGCCAAGACGGUCGCACUGCCAUUUGGCGUCAAUCUGACCACGGAUCCGAAGAAGGCGCGUAUUACCGGCGAGCGUAUUUCCAUUUUCUGCGAUGGCGGCGACGACAAGGAGGAGAGGGAGGAGAAGGAGGCGAAGCGUCUGCGUGAGCAGGAGGAGGAUGACUCCGAGGAGGACAAUGAGCCGAUGCGUCCCAUGUUCAUACCGUUCCAGCGUGUGCCGAUACCCUUCGGUCGCAUUCCCGACCAGAUGCCCCUGACACACAUGCCCCAGCGCAUGAUGCCGCCAGCGAUGCAACAGCAGCUGCCCUCCCAGGGAUCCAUCAUCAUCCGCCAGUUGCCGCCGCCGUUCCAGCAUCUGCCCAUGCGUCCUCCGAUGCCGCCACAGGUGAUGCAGGCGCCGCGCAUGGAGCAGCAGGAGCCACAGGAGCAGCGUCAGCAGAUGCCGCAGGUGCAGACCGUGAGGAUUCACAUGCAACAGUUGCCCUUCCGUCAGAUUCACAUGGCCGAUGAUGUGCCCAUGCAGAUUCCCGCCCAGCAGCAGCAGCAGCAGCAGGAGCGUGAGAUGUCCCUGCAACGUGGCAUGCCACAGCGUGAGAUGCCACAGAUUCAGAUCCAACACAUGCCCCUGGGCGUGGCACUGCAACGCGUGGGCAUCACCGCCGAUGAUCUGCGUAAUAUUCAGCGCAUGGCCGAGGAUCGUUUCACCGAUGAACUGCGUCGUCUGACCGCCGAGGAGGCCGGCGACUCCAAUGAGAACAACUCCAAUGCCAACUCCAGCGAGGAGGAGGAGCACUCCGAGACGCCCAUGUCCUCGGAUGAGCAGUCCACCGCCGCCACAGCUGGCCAAUCUGCAGCUCAAUCCCAGGCCGAGCAGCGGGAGCAGCGGGAGCAGUCACAGCAGCAGCGAGAGCGCGAACAGGAGUCCAGUGAUCAGCAGGAGGAGCAGACGCCACAGAUGCAGAUCCAGCGUUUGAUCCUGCAGCCGCUGCCGGAGCAGCCACGCGACACAAUGACCCCGCCCAUGCCCGAUCAGCCCGCCCAGGUGCCAUUCGGCCGCAUGAUCUUCGGACGCAGCCUGGCUCAACCCGUGCGCAUUCCCGUGCCCAUGAUGCAGCCGGCUGAGGGCGGUGUCGCCUCCGAGGAGUCGCAGCGACCACACUUUGUGCAGCCUCGUUCCGUUUAAGUAAGAACAACACCACGCCUGUGAUUGCUGCUUUGCGAAUCAGAAUCUGAAUCGAAACGAAUUGAAUCGAAUCGAAUUUCGUUGUUGUCAUUAUCGUAACCAUGUCGUCAUCCGUUGCUCGAUUCCGAAGAAAAACAUCUCAAAACUUUUUGUGUAGCAGCCCCCCAAAACGCCAAAAAUGAAACCGUCAAUCGAUAGAAAUUUUGAGUUUUGGCCCCCAUUCGACAAUCUCCCCCACACUCUAUGUAUCUCUGUAUGAUCCCUCCCACUGUAUAUCUCUAUUACCCCACUUAUCGUAUCUAUAUAUAUCUCUAUCUAUAUAUGUAUUUGUAUACUUAUUUUCGUAUGUAUUAUAUGUAUAUUGUACAAUAUAUCUGUGUGUAUAACAUUCCAAUCGGUCUCGUUAAAUUUGAUGUGAAAAUAUUAUUAUUAUAAAUUCAAUUCGAUUUUUGCCUGCAGUUUUGAUUUGAUUUGAUUUUUUUUUUGUUUUUCUAUUUUCGCCCUGGCCUAUUUCACAAAUAAAUCCGAUGAAAAUUUGUACAUAAAUUAUUGUAUUUUAUUUUUAAUACUUUUUAGUAGUUUUUUAGUAAGUUAAAAACAACAACAACAAAAACGUGAAACAAAACAAAACCAAACAAAUUGUACAUUUUUUAUAUACAUACAUUUUGAAGCGAAUAAAAUUGUGGAUAAUUGGAAAACAAAA